AUGUCCAGGAAACCCGAUGAUGACGAAGUCAUUUACAAGCCACCCCGCACCAUAACACGCUCGAGUUCCAUCAUGGCAAAGACGACAGUAACUCUCGUCCCAUCUAAGGCGAGUCUGGAGAUUGAACAGGAGAAGAGGGAGGCCCGGCAGCGAUUGGAGGAGUUGGAACGGGCGUCGCAGGCACAAGCGAAGCCCGAACCCCGCGCUUCUCCACCCAAAUCGCGUCUGCCAACGCCCUCGUCGCAGGACUUUGCCUCUUCGUACAAGGAUGGAUCUUACCUCAAGCGACACGAGUCGGCAGCUGCCGCUUAUUACUCUGACACGGAACAGUACCGUUCUCACCAUCAGAAGCCAUCUGCACGACGAAGCCAUACGUAUCCUAUGCAACAGCAGCCCAUGCCUCCCUAUCCAUCCGACCCACGCUAUCACCAACUUCAGCCCGAACACCUUCGUCGCGCCCGGAACCACAGCUUCUCGACUACCCCGCCCAUCAACAAGGCCAACUACGUCAAGGCUUGCUUCAAGGAAGUGCCUAUGAAAGACGAAUCCAUCGCGCUAAGCUGGCCCCUCGUCGACUUUGAGAUGCGCAACCACAAGCCAUACCCUGCUCUCUUCUUCGACGCCGCCUUCGAUCCUCGGCUAGUGGGAUAUGAAGUCAAGGUGAUGCGGUAUGGAGAGACGAGGUUGUCGCCCAUGUCGAGGGAUGAGGAGACGCAAUUGGUAUCCCCUCACGCCUUUAUGACUGAUAUGAUCAUCAUCAACCAAACGCUCGCUCAGUGGCCAAUCUACGUGCGGAACCCUCACGGUAUAAGGUGCAUCGAUGUCUUCCGGGCGAUCUAUGACACCUACGCGAUUCCUCUGUCGCAAUCGGAGAUUGUAGCAUGGGGGCCGGAAUACAUCGAUCGCUGCCAGAGGGCGUUUGACCAGCGAUGCGAGGAUGGCCCCCAACUACCUCCGGUGACCAAGAUGAAGGGAAUUUGUAGAGUCGACUUGCUGAGAGGCGAGAGGAUCUUCAAGGGGCUAACUCCGUACACUGGCCCCAAGAUCCCGGGCAUCUCACCAACUUGUUGCUGGACCUUGCACUUUGAACGGAUGACGAAGCCCAGGUCGAAUCGGUGA